GUUGGUGUGUAACAACGUGUUUUCAGAACUGACAUUAAAACCAAUAAAAGAUGGCUCAUUCAUCAGUUAGAUCGCGGCCAUCGAUCGCGCCCACGAUUACCUUCAAUUUCGUUUACUUGAAAACUUCGAGUGGUAUUUUAAAGUUGUUACAAUUGAUACUGGGAAUAUGUUGCAUAGGAAUUGUUGGUCACCAAUUUAGUACCGCUUCAUAUUAUCGAAAUACCACAGAGCUUUUUUUUCUUCUUAUAACGACUACUUUCAUGAUUGGCACUUUCAUCAUUCUUCUCAGUUUUCUGACAUCUGUCACUACUGCAACUAUUAUGUCGAAGACUAUCUAUGAAAUUAUUUAUAAUUCCAUUGCAUUUGGAUUGUUACUUGCGGCCUCAUUGACCCUCUUGAUAAACAUCAAUAAUGAUAAACAACAUAGAGGUUUUGAGCUGUUAUUAGGUGCUUCCAUUUGCGGCCUGGUAAAUGCGGCUUUAUAUUUCUGCAGCACAAUCGUCGCUCUUCGUACUUAUAAAGGGCAUUAAGUGGAGGAAUCAAAUUAUGCGGUUGUUACUAAAAAGUGAAAACAGAUUUCUCAUAUACAAGUCGCCAGCACGAAAAACAUUUUAUAAACAAAGCAUAUUUAUUAUAGUAAUUGUAUAACAAAUUUGACUG